CCGUGGGCAGCGGGCAGGCUACAACAGUCAAGGAGCACGUGGACACAGUUUAACUCCUGCUCCACCACGGUACUCGCCUGCAUGGGGCACAACAAAGUACCAACAGAACCAGGGUACCGGUAGAUGGUAUGCCCGGGGAAUGGGGUACACAAGCUGCAGGAGCUACCCAGCGGACCUGACUCAUCCCUCGCCAUGGCCAGCCGGAGAGCGGUUCGGGUGUUCACGGGAACGAGGGACGUGGACGUGGUACUGGACACCAAGGCAAUAGCCUCUGACUUUCUCCUCCAGGUAACGGAGGAGCUGGGGUUGAAGGAGACAUGUUGGUUUGGUCUACAAUAUAAGGACAAGAAGGGUCGUUGGUUCUGGCUCCAGCUGGAUAAACAGGUAUUGUCACAGAAGGUCGACGAUAAACAGGACCCCUUGGUGAUGUUCCUGAAGGUGAUCAUCUUUCCCCGCGAACCCUCGUUCCUACUGGAUGCUUUGGCGCAGCAGUCCCUGAUUGUUCAGCAGGUUCAGAUGUCCAUUGAACUGGAGGAGCUGCUCUGUUCAUCAGCAUGUUCCAAGCAACUCAAGAAUCUAGCAGAAGCCGAAAGGGUGGAGCAGUACUUGAAGGUAGUUGAGAAACUGGAGGAAUACGGGUCAUGGCACUUCCUCAUGACUAGACCGCAUGACCCAACCCCAGUCAGGGUCAGCUUCAAUCUCCUGGGCAUCACUGUCACGGCAGACAACAGACAACACAAUUUCCCGUUUACGGAAAUCCAGGAAGUGAGUUCCAGUGGGAAGAAACUGUUGAUAAAAUACGUGAGUCGAGGCAUGCCCACUACUGUCUUCCUGGGCCCCUGUCAGGAGUACACGGAGGACCUGCUCUUCCUCCUCCUGGCCCACCAGCGACACUUCCUCACUAACAACAACCAAGGAAAGUCCACUCGCCGCCGAAGCUUCAUGAUUUACAACCUUUGAAUUCCCAGCUGCAAUCACUACCUGAGGAACUAGUUAUUGAUCGCUCAGUCACAACCACGAGCUGAUCAACAGCCAAUUAAAGCAUUGUUGCUACCGUUACCACAUAUUCUCCAGCCAAUGAAUGCCGCUACAUGAACGCCUAAUGAGUGCUUGCUCACAAUCGACCAAUGCUGCACACACGUGAGAAUUACUUUCACCCAUCAGCGCUAGGAUUUGCUCAAUAUACAUCAUAAAAUGUUUCCAACCAUAUAUCGAACAACAAACCGAAAUAUCAUCGAAGGUGCAACGGAAUUUUUGUUUGUAUUAACAAGCUUAGGUUUACCCCAGCAAUGUGUUGCUACCCUAUGCUAUAUGAAGUGUAAAUAAAAAAUUAGCUAUAAGUUCAUCUAAAAUCUCCAUCUCACAGGAUGAUUACUCAUACAUAGAAUCAGGGGAGAACUUGAGAUGCUAGGCUGAAUCUAUUAGCCUCCACUAGCACACUCUGUGUACAGCACAAGAAUACCUUCCAAUAUUGGCGAGUGUAUGAGGUAGUUACAGAGCUCAAAGUGCCUCAUACCAUUUGGUCUGAAAUCACUGAUAACAGGGCAAUCACAGAUAUAGUGUUGGAGAGUGUCCAAGCUCUUGUUCACAUAGUUUAUAAUGUGACAAUGGUUACAUCACUGUCAUUGUUAUUGGGGUUGUUAUAUACAUAGUUUUGUCUCAAUUAUCAUUAGUAAUAAAUUAAGUAAAAAAACCAG